CCUGGUUCGUAUUGACCUGUUGAAAAAGGCAAGUAUUGAUUGAUAUUCUAUUCUAUCUUUGGGACGCGACAUUGUAUGAUCAUAAAGAUGAAGAAAUUUACAGACCUGUUCUGCAUCUUCACUGAAGACAAAUUGCCUUGCUGAAUGAUCAUACUUUGUUUUCCAUUUUCUUGUUGUGGCGUCAUAACGAAGGAAGACCUAUUAUGCUAAUGCGUUUUACUUAAUAGAUCUCAAGCUGUGUGAAUCAUCAAGUCAUAUUGUGCUUUAGCAUCUUUUUCCUCGGAUCCAUUUCACUGUGAAUAAAAUUUUUUUUUCUAUAAAAUAUUGCAAUUCCUUGCGCCUCUUAUUUUGAUCUUCGGACAUGUUGAGAAUUUUCACUGGCAGAUCUCGUGGAUUUUCUCCAAAAUAUUGCCAUCACCGAGUGUAUACUCGAUCUGCUUUUGAGUCACUUGGUUUUUCUUCCAAGAUUUGCGAACGUUUGGAACAACAUUUUGGCAUUACUCAUCCUACCGAUGCGCAAUCUCGGUUCAUUCCUGUUAUUCAAAGUGGACAUGACGUGUUGCUCAGAGAUCGCACAGGAACCGGCAAGUCAUUUGGAUUGGCCCUCGCGUUAGCUUCCCAGAUUCCUACUGCCAAGGUGCCUACUACGCCGCGGUCGCUCUAUGUUGUUCCCAAUCAAGAAUUAUCGCUCCAGAUCAGUCACUGGAUUGAACAAUUAAGUCCAUGCCCUACGGCCGUGACGAAUCUCAGCUCCUCUGUCAACGCGUCGCGGUCGGCGCAUACGGUUGUGACGACCCCUGGAAAAGCGUUAGAGUUGGUUGAACAGGGACACUUGACCGUGGAUCACUUGGAACGGAUAAUAUUGGAUGAGGCAGAUCAAGCUUUGCGAUUACCUAAACGGUUUGCAACUAUCCGGCAGCAUCAUCGUCGUUCAGAGCAUCCCAAGCCAUCUCAGAUUUUAAUCGAUCGCAUCUUGGCAAACCUUUCUGCGAGACCGCAAAUGAUCAUUGCUUCAGCCACCUUGAACCGACCGCUACGACAUUGGUUACGUCAAAGAGGAUGGAUCCAAAACCCCGUAUUUGUUGAUCUGAAUUCCGGUGUUUCUCCUGUCGGUCAUUCGUCAGUAACCCAUCAUUGUCUGUUACUUUCCAACGAUGAAAUCCGCAAUAUUCAACCCUCAAAAGACACUGAAACAGACGUCAGUGAAGAUCAGCAUUCAGUGACCGGAAACACGGAUAUUACCCAUGACGACGAACGAGUUCUCGAAAGUAUAGCUAUUCUUCAAGAUCUCGAAACUGUCCACAACGGGAUCCUUUUCCUAAAUACCGGAGCCAGUGUAUCUGAUAUGAAGCGCAACCUGGCCAAGUUUAAUGUCGAUGCAAGGGAUAUCCGAGAGUUUCGUCCAGGUGUAUCUCAUGGUACGAACCCGUUAUGGUUGGCUACUGAAUUCACUGCUCGUGGAUUGGAUUUGCCCGACGUGUCGCAUGUUUUCAUUCUUGGUCGUCCCUCUUCAUACGCAAGCUAUGUCCACAUGGCCGGUCGCACAGGUCGCCUCGGCAUCCAAGGUUUUAAGCAUGGCAAAAUUAUCAGUCUCAUCCCUGAUGCAGGUAAAGCUGAGUUGGCCAUGUUCACCAUGUAUAAAUUAUUGAAUAUACCUGUAAAAAAAUAUGAACAUGUACAAUAGAAUUCUCAAUCUCUUCUUGCAUCCUUUUACAGUAAUAAAAUACAGUUGUCAUUAUUUUAUCUAUUUAUUUGUAACUUAAAAGACACAUGCUCCAUUUUUAUGUUCUCC